AUGAUCAUCAAGCCCACAUCCCCAGACGGACUAAUCAUCUAUAAUGGUUACACGUUGGAUCGCAGAGGUGAUUUCCUUAUGCUGACAAUGAGUGGUGGACAUUUGGAAUUCCGUUUUGAUCUGGGCACAGGUCCAGCCAUCAUCAGGAGUCCCCAAGCAGUGACCUUGGGCCAAUGGCACAUUGUCAAAAUUAGCCGGACUGGACGCGAUGGAAUUCUGGAAGUAGAUGACCAACCUCGAGCUGAGGGUCUUUCCCAAGGAGCUUAUACCCAGCUGACGCUCCUUCAAGACCUGUUUAUUGGUGGACACCAGAAUUUCGAUGAAACUUCCAAAUAUGCCAACAUCUCUACAUCUUUUUCUGGGUGCAUUCAAAAAGUUGUGAUAAAUGAAAAACCGCUGAAACUUUUUGAUGCUGCUAUCAAUGGGGUAAACGUUGGCAACUGUGACCAUCCAUGUCAGGGUAAACCCUGUAUGAACAAUGGGGUCUGCGUGCCGGAACAUGACGACUAUACAUGUUACUGUCCACUUGGAUUUCAAGGGAACAACUGUCACCAAGGUAAGUAA